AUCUCUUUGCGGCAUUAAAUCGAACACCUUGCGCGCACAUAGCUUAAAUCUAUUCCCUCUCUUGUCAACGCUCUAGUAACAAAGACAAGAACUGAUUCCGACUUACCGUCAAAAAGCUGUCUUUGGGUAUACAAUAGAAGUUGCACAAGCGUUGACAAAGCGCGUUGCUUCGACCCUUGAAGCUUCUAACGACCUAUAGAGUCUCUCCGAGAUCGCCGAGCAGCGUCCAUCGUCGGAGUUUCUCGCUUUAAGGGGUUUAAGAUGAGUAUAAGUAGAGCUCCGUUGAUGAAUCUCGUUAGACUUAAAGGAACACCAAUUUUGGAACAGCUUCAUUUAGAAGAGAGGCUUCUUAGAGCAUCAACUGAUAAUUGGUGCAUCGUUAACGAUGGAACCAAUGUCCCUACCAUUGUCAUGGGCAUGUCAGGGAAGCCUUCUCAACUUCUUGAGGUUGGACCUGUUAUAAAAGAUCGAAUACCGGUGAUCAAAAGAUUCACUGGAGGUGGGACGGUGAUUGUUGACAAGAGCACUCUCUUUGUGAGUUUGAUUUGCAACAAGGAUGAUGUCCCAAGUGUCCAGCCUUAUCCUCGUUCCGUCAUGGCAUGGAGUGGCUCCUUGUAUGGUGAAGUGUUUGAGGGUGUUGAUGGUUUCCAACUACGUGAGAACGAUUAUGUUUUUGGUGACCGUAAAUUUGGUGGGAAUGCUCAGUCAAUAAUUAGGAAUAGAUGGAUACACCAUACGUCAUUCCUAUGGGACUACAAUGUUAGAAACAUGGCUUACCUUAAGCUUCCUUCCAAAGUGCCACAGUACCGGUUGGAAAGAGAUCACACAGAGUUCGUGUGUAGGAUGAAGGAUUACAUUGAAAGAUCAGAUUUUGUUGAGAAGACAGUCAAGGCGGUGGGAAAACAGUUUGCAAUGAAGGAAGUGAACAUUGAGGAUAUAGAUUCCUACGCAAAAGGAGAACAUGUGAAGAGCACGAGGCUCCUUACAAUGGAGGAACUCCAAGAAGCAAUGGCAAGCACGUCUCAGAGUGCAUGAGCAGUUAUCGAUUGCAAAACUGCUAUAGUUUGCUUGGUUCUUGAUUUUUUUGUCUCGUAGUAGACCAUUCUUAGAAUUCAAUUCAUGGUCUAACUCAGAAUCCGAAAGGGAGAUAUGUGCUGAGUGUUUUAUUUUGUAAUUUGUUUUCACUUUGGUGGGGAAAC